CUCUCUCUCUCCAGAGUGCAUGCACACCCUUUUCACUUGAUUUCUAUUUUGAUUGAAGUAAUAAUCAGAGCAUCUAAUAGAAGGGAGACAGAAAGGGAUACAUAUUUGCGUUUAACACCAUACAUUAUAUACCUUUUAUCAAGAUUGCGAUUAUGGACAUUGCAGAGGACAUCUAUACCAACAUAGAGGAAGUCAGUUUUAAAGGCUGGGAUGAUCUGACUGCAGGUUACGCAACUUUACACAUGGGUCCCCAGGAUGGAACUAGACUGAAGAGUGGGAAUGAAAACUCUCAGCCUUCCAGACUGGCUACUCUUUCUCUGGGACUGCUGUGUGUUCUCCUACUGGCCACAGUCAUAAGCCUGUCUGUACAUUACCAUAAAAAACACAAUCAACUGUCCAGACUCCAGAUCUCAUACAACAACCUGACUGAGCAGGAACAAAAGUACCAGAACACCGUUUCAGAACAAGAGAACAAAAUAUCAGAAAUGCAGAUCUUGUUCAACAACCUGACUGAUGAAAAUCAUAAGUUACAGAACAAAAUAUCAAAAAAGGAAUGCUGUUUUCAAGAUUGGAGGAGUUUUCUUUCUGGCUGUUAUUAUCUCUCUCUUGUUGGCAAAACUUGGAGUGAAAGCAGAGAAGACUGCAAAGACAGAGGAGCGGACCUGGUGAUCAUAAACAGUAGAGAGGAACAGGUGUUUCUUAACCAACUAGGAAAUAAUUUGCAUUACUGGAUUGGCCUGACUGACUCAGAGAAGGAAGGCACAUGGAGAUGGGUGGAUGGAACUACACCACCCACACCACAGUUCUGGAGACAAGGAGAGCCAAAUAAUGCUCACGAGGAUGAAAACUGUGUAGUCUUCAACAGCUUUACGAACAGCCUAGGAAAUAUUUGGUCAUGGAACGACCAGCCUUGCUCAUUAAAAACCAACUGGGUAUGUGAAUACACGCUUACAUCCUCCUGAAAAUGACCCACAUUAUGAUGAAGAAUAGCAGCUUAAUUUAUUUUUAAAAACAGCACAUCUAUGCAUCUCUAACAAGGUUACUGCUUAAUAUAGCUUUUUGUAAUUCAUUGGUUUGUAAUGGUUUAAUGUCUGAUAAACAAACUUUAUAAUGUCAAUUGUAAUUGCUUUUAUGGUAUUUCCAUUUUUAUUGUGACACAAUCAUUAUAACACAUGAUUCAGCUGUAAAGGAUACUUGGGUCACAGUUGAUUUCUCUGUAUGAAUUAAGGAGAAAAAAAUGUGAAAACUCAUCUAAACCCUGAUAAAAUGUUGGUUAAUGUAACACAUAAUUUAAACCAUCUUCAGUAGCUUCACCUGGACAAGACAUCUACUUCAAAUGGAUAAUGUUUUUCACAGAUUUAAUGAUUUUGCAAGGAAACAUAACAGUUUGUUAUGUUUUAAUGUACAGUGUCACGCUCAUGGAAAAUAAAGGUAUUGAAAGUACAAAAUAUUUGAAUGUAGAUAUUGACUCUAGUGCAAUGUUGGUUCAGGCAUAAUCUAACCUGCUAACAGUGGUUUCAACUGAGAAAAAGACAGGUGCUUUGGAACUGUGGUUCUCAACUGGUGUGCAACAACCAUGCUGGUCUUGAAUUGGUUGUGUGUG